AUGGCAACGAAUCAACUGUCUAAAUUUAGAGCGCCAACUGAUCUAUUAACUCCUGAAAGCUGUAUAUCAUCGUCUCGAAUAAGAGCAUUUCUAAAAAGAUCCAGAAACCUUACUGACGACACCAUUCGGCCACAUCUCAAUGAGAUUGAAAAGUCAAAGUGUACACAGUAUUUUGAAGAAGAGAUAGUACCACAAUGGAAAAUCCGUGGUGAAAUCAUUGACUAUUGUUCUAAAUAUUCAAAAGAAUUACGAAAUCACACAAGCCAGGGUAAAACUGUUACCCCGACAAAGUUGUCGUACGAUUUACCUAAUGCUGAGGAAAUGACCGACAAAUUUGAUUUGAGAACUGAUCCUUAUGCCUACAAAACCUAUCAAAGAAGAAUAGAUGAGCAAUACGCACAAUGUGAUGCAUUAGACAACUGGACUCAAAAUGAAAAGACCGUAGAACAAAUUAUUAGACAACAGACGGUUGAAGUUUUGAAUGACAAGUGCUUUUAUCAAAACUGGAUGCAAGCUUUUAAAAAUGCAUCCGAUCCAAAGAAGUAUAAAUGA